CCUUGCCUUCUGCUUUGCUCCGUGUUUUGCCUCGGUUUUUUUUUUUUCUCUUUGAUUGAGUCGAGAUUUGAUUAGGAGCAUUUACAUUCAGCUAGCGAUCCGAUUUCAAUAUUCGAGAUGUCUGAUUACGAGGAUGAAAUGGAGGUGGACGCCCCGUCCAAGAACGCGAUCCAGUUCAGCUCCGAUAACACCAGUGCUAAGUCCAAAAGACCGGCAGCAGAUCUGCCAAUUGAGGCUCAAGACAACCUCCCCUGGGUUGAGAAAUACCGACCGAAUACUCUAGACGAUGUCUCCGGACACCAGGAUAUCCUAGCCACGAUCAACAAAUUCGUCGAAGCCAACCGACUUCCACAUCUCCUUCUCUACGGACCCCCUGGUACGGGUAAAACAUCUACUAUCCUCGCGUUGGCACGACGGAUAUAUGGCAGCAAAAACAUGCGGCAGAUGGUGCUGGAGCUCAAUGCCAGUGACGACCGUGGUAUUGAUGUCGUCCGGGAGCAGAUCAAGACUUUUGCUAGCACAAAGCAGAUUUUCUCGAUGGCACCCGCAUCUGCCUCCGGUGGCUCCUCGCUCGCAUCCUUCAAACUCAUUAUUCUUGAUGAAGCCGACGCAAUGACGGCGACUGCACAGAUGGCACUUCGCCGGAUCAUGGAACGGUACACCGCCAACACCCGAUUCUGCAUUAUUGCCAACUAUACACACAAACUCUCUCCCGCCCUUCUCUCCCGUUGCACUCGAUUCCGAUUUAGUCCUUUGAAAGAGAAGGAUAUCCGAAUUUUGGUGGAUCAGGUGAUCGAGAAGGAGCAGAUCAACAUUCAGACGGAGGCAGUAGAGAGCCUGGUUACGUUGAGCAAGGGUGAUAUGCGACGGGCCUUGAACGUCCUUCAGGCUUGCCAUGCGAGCAGCAUACCCCUUCCCAUGAAGGAUGCGUCUAAAGACCAGCCACGUCCGGAGCCGGAGACGAUCACGAAUGAAACGAUUUACGACUGUAUUGCCGCCCCCCACCCCUCUGACAUCGAAGAGAUAAUGCGAACUCUUCUGAACACAAGUGAUAUCACCUCCUGUCUCAACACCAUAAAUACCAUCAAGACCAACAAGGGUCUUGCUUUGGCGGAUAUUUUGUCUGCGUUGGGCGAUCAGCUGCAACGAGUAGAAGUCCCCGCGCAAACCAGGAUCACCUGGCUGGAGGGACUGGCGGAAAUAGAAUGGAGACUAGCGGGAGGGGGUUCCGAAACAGUGCAGACCGGUGGACUGGUGGGUGUUGUAAGAAACGGCUGUGAACUGAUGGAUCGGUAG